UAUUUAUUUAUUUCUCUCUCUGUCUCGCUCCCUCUCUCUAAAUGCUUAAGGUGAAGAGUGCAGAGCUAGCCGAGCUCAACACAUGGUCCAACCCUGCUCUGUCCCAGGAGGAGAAAGACACGAAGGGAGCAAGAGAGAGACUCCCUGAGAGGGAGAAGCAAGGAGCAUCUUCUCUCUCAUUUCUACCAAGCAGGUGUGACCCCCCCCAUUCUCACACCCAGCAUUUCACUCUCUUCUCUUCCAGCCAGGGAUACCCAGCAGUUCCCUUUUCUCUGGAUGCAGACCUUUCCUCCUAAACAUUCAGAAUGGAUGAACCCCACUGAUCCCCAACUGGCAACCAACAUCAUGACUAUGAACAUUUGUGUACCUCUCUCCGAAACUGCAGCAUCUCCCCACGUGUGUCUUCUGGUUGUAGUAGGGGGGCUCAUGUGAGUCUCUGAAAAAAGGGGUUCAAUGUUCUCACCUGACAGAACAAAUGAUACCAAGUAAUCUGGAAUAAUCCCAGCAUCAAGCAUUCCUGAGAGGGAGAGAAGAGAAUUAUGCCUUUACUUCUCAUUAAAUGGUCACUAAUUUAAAGAAGGGGGAUUUGUUUUUUUUGGAUCCCAUACAAAUUUUUAUCUUGGAGGAAUGACUUGCCAUUGAAUCAUAUUUAGAUUUUCUAUUUUAGUUUCCCAUAUAUAACAUCUGUUGCUGUGAAAGACUGAGAUUAAAUACCAUUUUGGACAGAUUUCAAACACACCUUCCUUUCUUUAAAUACACAGAAAUCUCUUAGUAGAUCUUAAAUGGAAUUUAAAAAUCUGGCAUAUGCACCCUCAUAUCCUUAACCCCUGAUGUCUUGCAGUGAAAGAUCGUUUUUGAAUUUUGCUGUUGCAGAAGAUUACAUUUUAGUGCAAACUAUCAGGAUUUUAUUGCAAAUUACAACUGCUGGAAGAAAUGCUGUUAUGCAUUUUUAUUUUUUUUUACAUUUUUGUUCAUUUGAUUUAUUGAAAUGCAGAUUUGAUGGCUUCCUACCUGCAUGCCGAGUCUGGCUGUUCAAUGCAAAUUAGUUUGCAAUAAUUAUUGCAAUUAGGAAAGCGUUUGGCAGACAGUUAAGAUUAUCCUUUUAAGUUUCUACUCCUAUUUGAGCAUCAGUUUCAAACAACUGUUCAUUUCUUACAAUUAGAUGAAUUUUUUUUCCACUUUUUGUUAGUGAAUGUAGACAUUUUACAUUCUAAGAAGGCUUUACAAAUAAAGUGCAUUUAUGGCCAAUUUGCUAAACCUAGCUUUUCCCUCUUAAUCAUGUGCACCUAGCAUAAAUUCAUUGGCAAAUAAAUAAAAAUACUUCUUUUUACCUACAUUUCAAACCCAUUUUUCUACCUAUUCUAUUUUUACUCAACUUGGUGGUCUUUCUUAGAAACAGCUUUGCAAAUGCGGAAUUAAAUUGGUUGCCAUAUUUCAUUGUAUGAGAAGACACAGGAUUCUUUUUGGUAGUACAAAUGAUGGAGAAGUUGGACGCUGAAUCAGAUGUGGAACCACAAGGUCGCCCUCGUUCCUGCACAUGGCCCCCGCUUCCGGACCCUCCUUCAGAUAUGCCGUUGCCACCUCCUGGCCUGGACCCAGGGCAGAUACGGAAAGCCAAGAGUUCGCGUAGAAAUGCCUGGGGUAACUUGUCUUACGCUGAUCUCAUCACCAAGGCCAUUGAAAGCUCACCUGAGAGGCGACUGACCUUGUCCCAAAUUUAUGAUUGGAUGGUCCGAUUUGUUCCCUACUUUAAAGAUAAGGGUGAUAGCAACAGCUCUGCAGGGUGGAAGAACUCCAUUCGACAUAACCUUUCCCUCCACACACGAUUUAUCCGGGUGCAGAAUGAAGGAACAGGAAAGAGUUCCUGGUGGAUGCUUAAUCCAGAAGGUGGUAAAACUGGAAAAACACCCAGGCGGAGGGCAGCUUCUAUGGACAAUGCAAAUGGAAAAUUUAUUAGAAUGAAAGGCAAGGCUGGGAAGAAGAAGCAGCAGGCGCAGUCAGCUCCAGAACGGACAGUGGAGGGCAGCCCCUCAUCCCAGCAUGCCAAGUGGUCAGAAAGUCCAUCUUCCCAUACCAGUGAUGAUUUUGAAGUCUGGGCUGAGUUCCACAGCAGGAGCAACCCUGCAGCAGGUAAUAUGAGUGGAAGACUUUCACCAAUAAUAGCUAACGAUGAACCUGAUGACUUGGAAGAUGAUGAUGUGGCCCCCUCUUCACCUCUUAUGUAUCCAAGUCCCUCCAGUGCCCUUUCCCCCAGCAAUCGCUGCUCAGUGGAAAUGCCAAGGUUGGCAGAGCUGACUGGCACAAUCGGACUAGGUGAAGGUUUAGCAGACCAUCUUCUGGAUGAGCUUCAGGAUAGCUACCCUGUAGGCUCUGGUGCUGCUCUUCGUCAUAGAAAUACUGCAUUCUCGUUUUCCACAAAGUGCCCAACACUGAGCCCACCUUCUGGGGCUUAUUGUGGUUCCAUCUACAGUCAGCCAGCCAUGGGUAUGAUGAGACGGUUGCCAAUGCAGACAAUCCAGGAAAACAAGCAAGCUGUUUACCCUCCAGGAAGCACCUACAGGAAUUCCUCAAUCCAGGAUCUUCUAUCUGCCAUGUCCUAUGGCCACAAAGAUAGUUUAGGGCAAAGUGAUCCUGGGUUGACAAAUGUGCUUGGGCCACAGCGCAGUCAUAGGCAGAACAUUGGUAUGUUAGGGAAUUGUGACUCUGGCCCAAUGCCAUAUUCUACUGGCCUAAUGAAGAGUCAAAGCUUAUAUCACCAAUCAACACUAAACCACCACUGCUCUGUUAACAACAGUGCCUUAAUCAGUGGAAGUGGACUGGUGAACAACUCUGAAUCCUGUAGCUUAGUUUCAGCCCAGCACCACACCUAUUUCAGCAGCCAGUCUGGAAAUGGGAGUCUGAUGGAAGGGCCCUACCAACCUACAUACCAUCAUCAUCACCACCAUCCCCAGUUAUACAACCAGGACAGAUUCCCUACAGACCUAGAUUUAGAUAUGUUUAAUGGGACUUUGGAGUGUGAUGUAGAGUCCAUCAUUCUUAAUGACUUUAUGGACAAUGAUGAGAUGGAUUUUAAUUUUGACUCAUCACUUCCACCUCAAGGUGGGUUCAACAUGGCAGUUAAUUCGCAGCCAGCCAAUCAGAGUUGGGUACAAGGAUAAACUUGAACCAGUAUAUAUGUGUAGGGCUUUUUUGCACUGGUAGUUGGUUUUGAGAUAUCUCCCUAAUCUGCAUAAGGUACAUGGACAAUGAUAAACCUACAUAUUAAGCUGUUAGGUUACUGUACAUAUCUAGUUUUUAAAACAUCUGUUUUAUUCUAAAAGUGUUUUAUAGGAACAAAUGCUAGACCUAUCUCUUUUGGGAUAAAGAGGUUUGGUGCUGCCUGAUUUUGAUAAUUAAGUUGGUCAGGUACUGCCCAGUUCUCAUUUAAUCACAAAAACACUUUGGCCACAAGGGAUCAAACGUUCAUUAACUGGUAUGGUGUCUCUCAAACAGAAAGCUAUUAUCAAAAUGUCUUUAUUGUGGAAAGAGGUAUUCUAGUUUCUCUUGUAUUAAUACAACACAUAUGUAAGUUACUGUUUUACUCUAAAAAUAGAUCAUAAUUUGAUGUUAUGGUAGCACAGGCCAUGAUUUAAACCUCACUGAGUAAAAAUAUGCUAAAUCUUGGGAAUCAUGUUGCUUUUAGAUUGAAGUUCACCUUUUUCUUAAUUCUAAAAAAUCUUCAAGACACAGAAACUUUUCGAGGUAACUUCUCAGCCAUAGUUUGUAGACACUGAGACUCCUUGCUUUUAACUGAGCAAUCAUUUUGCCAACACAGUCUCUAUCAAGCAAUAGUUGAAAGCUUCCUUAAUAUUUUGUGCAUUGAAGCUUUUUUUGUACGUGAAAAAUCUUUUUCCUAGACAUUUUAACACUUUUUUUUUCAAGGCCCAAUAAUAUUUCAUCAUUUUAUCUAUAAUCAAUACCUAAACUAAAAAAACAAUAAGAACCCUCUUAUCCCAAAAGACGUAGUGCUCAGUAAGGAUCCUAAAAUGUAAAGAAAUGUACAGACCUCUCCACAGUCUUUAAACUAUGUGUCCAUGUAAGCUUAUUCCUAAUUCUAAGGUCUUUAUUGUAAGGAAGUCUCUAUAUUUUCUUACCAGGUCUGUCUACUGAAUUUGUAUACAAUGUUCAUGUCACUGCAGAACAACAUAUUUAAUAGGGCAGACAAAAAAAAACAAAUCAAAUUCCCAUAUGUAAUAUUUAGUCAUUAGCUGUGGCCCCAUUCAUAAUGAAACCAUGUACUAGUCAACGUUGCAGGGCAUUUACCAAAAUGAUAAUGAGUUGGAAAAAAGUAUGAGAAUAGAAUAUUGGUAACUAAAGUUAAGUACUAAUAUUUAUAUGACUUAAUACAAAUUAUUUAUAGACCAAAAUAAUAUUUUUAUCAAAAAAUGGAAUUAAAUGUGAAAAAUGCACACUUUAGAGCACAACAUUACCAGUACGCACCUACUACCUUUAGUCUAAAUUUGAAAGUCAUUAUGUUUUCAUUCAAAUCCCGCCUAGUCAUAUAUACCUGAACUAAAUAUCUACCAACAACUUUCUGUAAUACAGUUCUAAAUUUACCAUACAGCUUGCCAGAUCAUUUUUAAAUGAUAUAUGGGAAAUAUAAAUGUUAUCUGAUUUUCAGUCUCUUUAAUAUAUUGUUUACAUGUACUAAUAAUAAACCCUAAAGCUUCAAUGAAUAAAGGGGGGGUCACACUGUUUAUGGCACUGAUGUUUAAUGCUUACCCUGUUAAAUGUAACACUGUUCUUAUGUCACGUUACUCUCCAGUGGGAUAAAUUAAGAAAAAGUUGCAGUCAUAAGUGCAGCUGACAAUCUAAUGUAGUAAACACUGAUUUAGUGUCCCAUGGUCCCCUUGUGUCUGCACUAAGCUGCAGUUGGAUAACUUGGGCAGACUGCGCUAAUCACUACACUUACGACAUUCUGUGGGUUACACAUUCCCUGCAAAUUUCAAAUGUUGCUGUUUACAUGUGUGUGUGGUUUUAUUUCAUAUGCAGAAUUUAAUAUAUACAGAACUGUGUACAUACAGAAGAUAUAUUGUGAAUUAAUUUUAUUUGUAUACUUUCUUUUUUUGUUCUACGCACUCAUAACAUUUUAUCCUCAUGUUUUAAAGGACUGUUAAUUUUUUUUGUAAUGACCUCCAUAGAAAAUGAUGGAGGCUGUGCAAUUAUGGCAGUGUGGGGGAAGGGGGAACAAUUAAAUAUACCCUCCAGCAUUGUGCCGUCUACAAAUAUGACUAAUCCAUAAAGUAAAUUGAAUUGAAAUGUUAUUUUUUUACACAAUUUAAUAAUUUCUUGUUGUGGAUGUAAAAUGGAGGAAUUGCAGUUUGAGGAUGAUGGUUAUUGAGUUGGAAGCUACAAGGCUUACUCCUAAUGUGCCUUAUUGCACCUGGAAAUGCCUUGUAGUAUGUAACAAGUCUUAACAAUGCCUUCUGUAACUGAACAUGAGCUCUUUAUCUAUACAUUGACAACAAACACUUGGCUCUGUAUAACAAUGCUGAGCAUCAAAGCACUGCUUAUAAAAUAACUACAAUGUAUGAUGGUGCUCAGGAUUGCUAUACAGAACUCCCUUGUACCCGUUAUCCUCCUCACUGCGGUGUAAAGCGAUUGUACUGUUUUUGAAUGUGUUGUCGUAGUGCGUGGAUUUUCAGAUGUAACAUAAACCUGUGUAUACUGACUGUACAGAAUAUUUUCAGGAAUAAAACUGUUUUAAAUAUUA